AAAUUAGUAACAUCACAGAAUAAACAAUUUAGCACAAAAUAAUAAAUAGUUGUACCUAUUAAACUCAAUGUUUUAUAAACUAUUGUAUAAUUAGUAAUCACAGUAAUUAAUAUUUGUCAAACGGUAAUGAUAGAUGUGCUAGUUUAAUGACUGUCUUAUUUCACAAAAAGAAUACAUAGUGCACUUUCAAAGUUGUAACAUAUGUUAAAUUAAAAAAGAUCAACUCAACUAUUCAAUACAUUUAAUAAUCAAUAUUUUAAUUUUAAAAAAUGGAUAGUACUGCUUUGGAACGUAAAUUGAAUAGCAAAACUGCAGCUCUCACAGUAUUAAGUGAAGAAUUAGAGAAAUGUAGAAUAGAACGAGAUCAUUUGAAAAUCAUUUUGGAAAAUAAAAUGUUACAUAAUACAUACAAUAGAAAUUAUCAAUUGAAUUACGAUAAACUUGUGAAUCAACUUAGAGAAGAAAAUAAGAUACUGAGAUUGGAAGCUGAGGAUGUACGUCAAAAAUUACAGGAUGCUCAAGGUGACAACCAAGUUUUAAGAACUGGUGGUUUUGUCAAGGAUUGUAUAAAUACAAUAUUAACAAGCUCUGAUAGUAAAGAAGAAUUAGUAAAAAAUUUAGAAAUCAUACAUUCAAAAUACCAGCAGUUAAAGCUUGAUUUUGGUUUAUUACUGGAUGAUAAACAAGAAUUAAUCACCGAACGAGAUGGAUUUCGAAAUAAAAUACGACGGUUAAAUUAUCAAUUAGCGGCUUCUUUAAAUGCCAAUAAAAAUCAAUGCGUAUUAGAUAUUGAUAGUUUAUUAUUAGAAAACAAGUAUUUAAAUGAAAGACUGCAGUUAGAGAUCGCCGAAAAGGAAAUGAUAAGGAAAACAAAUUCAUUAUACCAGAGUACAUCAAAAACAAAUGAAGAUUCAUCCUUAAUGUCUGCUAGUAAUGCAUUAACCCGUAAAGUAAUAGCUUGCAAACAAAUGCAACAAAUUUUGGAAACUGGGAAUCUUCAAGCUUUGUUUUCAAACAGCACUACACUCGCCGAUUUAAGAAAGUUAUGCCAAACACUAUUUGAAGCAUUGCAAGAUAAAACUAUAGCACUUAAUCAUCAGAAGAAAACAAAUAAAAUAUUAGCUAAAAGAUUGGAAGACUUGGAAAAAAAGAUUAAGACAAUUAACCAAGGGGAAGCCAUUAUGUCACCUUCGCUGGUUUUAUUGAAUGAAUGUUCAAAUACAUCUGAUGAAACUGAUUUUGAUACGAGUUCUAUUGAUGAAUCAAACACUUGUCUAAUUUCUAAAGAAGAUGAUUCCAUAAUUAAAAAUAUUGAUUUCGAUAAGUAUCCUAAUGAAAUGAAUACUCUACCAAAAAAUUUGCAGCAACUUGUUACUGAGGCUAUGCAAACAAUAACAUUUGAUUCAUCUACCCCUACCUCUGCUAAAGCUCGUCUCAGUUCGACUUCGGAUUAAACAUUUAAUUUAAUACUCUACACAGUAUAAUGUUACAUUUAUAACAGAUAUUUGUUUUAUUUUAAAAUAAGUGUUAUUGUACAAAGAACCUAGUUUACUAGAAUUUGAUUUAAAAUCACUGCUAACUGUAAAAAACUUCUUCUAGCCAUUUGUAUUUUAUAUUUAUAAAUUAUUUAUUGUUUUUUAAGCGGCCCGGUGCCAGUUUUUCUAAUUUUCUGCAAUUCUUUAAAAUUUGAAAAUUAAAUUUUAUAUUUCAGUUGCCACCUUAACACGUUGAACGUCGGUGUCAACCAUUAGUUGACAUAGUAACCUAUUUUGUAUUGAGUCUUUUUUGGUGGUUAUAGCUGAACACAUUUAAAAUUUCCAUCGGACAUUCAUAACCAUAUCAAAAUUCAGUAAAAUCUACUAAUACAUUUCACAACAGUCGUAAUAGGCGGAAAUCCUUUACAAUAUCUGGGGAGCUAACAUUAUUAACAUCAAUGUGAGCGGAUUAGCUCCUCAAGGCCCAUGAUUUCUACCAAUGCCGAGCGCCUUAAGAUAAAAGUUUAAAUAUUAUUGUCACACGUUCUAACGUUAUGGUUAAUAUUAUAUUUAUGUAAAAAUGCAAUAUCGUCAUCAUGCAAUUUGUAUAUUUCUGUAACGCUUUUUGUGUAUCAAAAAAUUAAUAAUAAUUAUAUAUUUAUACACUGAUAUUCUUA